CAAAGCUUCGGUCACACUGCAAAGGUGUGGAAAUCUUAGUUUCCACAAAACGAGCAAAUAUUUGCAGUUUUCAAGUCCCAAAUUGGCUAAUUAGAGUUCACAUCGGAUCGAAUUUGCCACCGAACCCCCGAAACGGAAGUGGCUGCUUAAUGUUUGUUGUGGUCCCAGCCGCCAAACGAAAAGUGUGACGGGCGUCGAUGAGGACGCGCUAAUUUACGGGUGUGCCAAGUUGGAGAUAAUUGUCAAUAGCGCCCGACCAUGCCGCUGCCCAAACGAUCGAUAGAACCCGUGCAUGUGGCCCGCUCCGUGUAUCAGCAGGAUGAGCUGCAGUCCGUGGAGCUGGAGACGGUUACCAACACCACGCUGACGAACAUCAUUCGCCAGCUGUCCUCGCUGUCCAAGCACGCAGAGGAUGUGUUCGGUGAACUGGCCCGCGACGUGGGCAACAUCGGGGAUCGGGCUAACUCGCUGCAGGCGCGCAUCGAUCGCCUGGCUAUCAAAGUGACCCAGCUGGACAGCACAGUUGAGGAGGUACCCUUGACGGACAUUACCCGAAAGAAGGCCUUCAAGUCGGCCAAGGUGUUCGAUCAGCAGAUCUUCUCGCGCGCCACCAUGCCGGCGCCCAUGAUGGACACAUAUGCACAGUGCGACAAGCCGCCGCCCCUCGACAAGCUCAACGUCUAUCGAGACGAUGGCAAGGAUGGUCUUAAGUUCUACACGGAUCCGAACUACUUCUUUGAGUUGUGGCGACAGGAGAUGUUGAAGGAUACCGAACGUGUGAUGCACGACAAGGGCAAGAAGCUGAACAGACCGCGGCAGGAAGGUGGAGCCGGCGGAGCGGCUGGACGUGGCAAUAAGAAACAGAAGACCAAGAUAAGGGUGCCGCACAAUACACGCGAACAGCAGCGACAACGUGCACUGGUGCACGGCGAGACAUUGAUGCCCAACAACGUCAUCUACCGCACACCGAAUUCCAUGGUCAACGAAGAAGCCGGAUACGGAAUUCAGCUAGUCAAAAUACAGACUGUGGGCGAGGCUGACAUCGAUUUGCGGCAAAGCACUCUCGAUGCGCACCACCAAGUUGUCGGUAAUAUCCAAGACGUAGAUACAGUAAAGCCUUAUAAUAUGCUUUCGCAUUUGGAGAAUAACAGUAAUGUCACCAAGCAAACCGCCGUUGCGAUUGCAGAUAUGGGAGUGUACGAUACACGUCCGCCUCGUCCUAACUCGAUCGAAUUGAACCGAAGCUAUCAGUCGGAGCAGAUCGAUGGUAGCACCUACGAGCAGCUUCCUCCGCAGAUGGGCAAUCAGUAUGCUGCCACCUUCGGCAACGGCAUGGGUGGCCCCCAGCAGAUGCACAUGCAGCAUCAGCAGAUGUAUGACGCCGGGAUGUAUCAGUCGCAUGCGCUGUACGGCCAAACUGGACAGGGUGUGAUGUCGCCGGAGCCCAUCUACGGACCGGGAACACCGUCGCGUAACAAACCGCGUCCGUCGCAGCCGCCACCGGCUCCGCCGUCGAAUGGCAGCGGUGGUGGCACGCCCACAGCCUCCAAUGCCAACACUCCGACAAGAGGCAGAAGUAUGUCGACCAGUCGGGAUGCCUUGCCACCGCCUCCACCAGUUCCAGACGUCAUUUCACCAAUGUCCGGCAUGAACGGAGUCAACAGCGGGCAUAUGGCGGCCAAACUGCUUGGCCGGGCAAACAGUUCGUCGGGAGCUGGAUCUCCGCAGAUGACUCCCAACAGCGUCCAGAAUGCCAACGAUAUGGUCAUGACGCAGCUGAGCAAUACUUUCCACAGCAUCGGUAUGGCGGGCAAUCAACUGAACUCCCUUAGCGACUUGCCGCCACCGCCGCCGGUUCCAGAUCAGCACUCGCCUAAGAUGUCGCCACCUAAUGCCGCGCCACCACCGCCGCCGCCACCGCCUCCAGUAGAGGAAGGCAUGGGCAGUGGCAACCAACACACGCUGCGCCCGCACCAAAUUCUUCCCAAAUCACUGGCCAAUGGCGAAAUGCAGCAGCCCGGCCAACAAAAUGGUGUGCCUCACAUUGUCGCACCCAAGAAGAUGCUGCCUCCAUUCCAUGACCCACGCAACGACUUGAUGAAGGCCAUUCGAGAUGGUAUUACUCUACGCAAAGUUGAAAAGUCGGAGCAAAAGGAAAUUGAACGAAACGCGGCGCCAUUGGAUGUGGCUUCAAUCUUGGCCAGACGUGUGGCUAUCGAAUUAUCCGAGUCCGAGGAUUCGGAUAGCGAAGACGACAGCGAGGGCUGGAUGGAACCGAACGAAACAUCGGCUUGAUCCCUGAUUAACUCGUUAAAGCCUGACAUAAUUCUAAAAAA